UCUAGUGGAAGGUGGAAAUAGAGCUGCUCCAAAUCCAGACAGAAAAAAGUUAGGCUUUUGUACGUGUGUGUGUGUGUGUUUGUGUGAGUGUGUAUCGAAAUCAGCAGUGUGUUGCUAUGCAGGAAAUGCAGCAUCACCUCCAUGCAAUGUUUUCUCAUCGUCACGUCGCUGCGCACGUGAGCACUGACAAAAGAACAGAAUUAGACGCUAGGAGUUUGAAAAAAAAUUCUGCUAGUUCACGUAUAACGCGAGGAAUUGUAAGGCUCUUGGGUAGUGAGAAUUGAAUUUCAUCGGAAAAGCCAUAGGAUCAUGUUCUAACCAAACAAAACGAAGGUGUAAUCAAAUAUGAAUAAUUCUAUUAAGUAAAGUCCAUAUUAAUUGAAGCAAGAGGAGCCGCGCAGUGGUCUUUUUCUUAACAAUCCCUGUGUUUCAGAUAUACUCCUCCGACAAAAAGACACAGAUACACCGAUCUUUUUUUUUACUAAUGCGCUUUGCACUUCGGUGCAAAUCUUGAGAUCCCCACACAGAUCCGUGCUUUUUUGGUUUUUUACUUCAACAUAGUGGAUGUAAACUCUUCGUGAGUUAAUUUGCCGCCAUACCCGUGCUACCCGUUGAUAAACAAACAGGCACCAGCCUAUACACACCUUUACACACAGUUUUUGCCGCUUUUACUGCAAACAACAAAUCUCUCUGAUUCGUGAUUAUUGUUGGAAAACUAAUUUUAAUUGAACUCCCUCCGCUGUGGGGCUUGUUCGGCUCGAUGAUGAAGCCGGCGCUAUGAAGAUGUGUAUAUUCGUUUGCGGUUUAACGAAUGUGUCUGAGUGGCUCGAUGAAAUUUUCAGGGUAUUAGCUAGUGGAAGGGACUGCAACUUUUUUUUACUGACCUGUUUGCCAAGCAACAGAUGUAUAAUAAUAUACGAAUCUGAGCAAUGCUUUCAAGAGCAGUGUGGGACUCUUACUUCAAAACUACUCGCAUGGAUUUCCGUUACCGUCCUAUACUGCUGUAUUCCUCUUUUGAGACGACGCGCAGUGAGGAAGGCAGUACCGCUGUAAUUGCACCAUGAAAACAAAGGUCCAGUUCGACUGCAGCCCUGGAUUGCUGUUAUUUUUAGAAUAUGUCAGGGCGGAUGGGAGCCGUACGUUUCUCUUACUAGCGCGAGACUUUCUUUUUAAACAUAAAUAAGAACUAGCGCGCCGCAAGUUUAACUCGUGCUGGGUUAUUUAACUAAUUAUUGCCCAGGGCACGAGCCCAACGGUCCGAUACCGGUCCGAAGUAAAACUACAACUGCUUAGAGAAUAGAGAUGUUCGGAUUUUUGAAACACACGUGUAACUGUGCCUCUGUACAUGUGUGUAUGCGCGUGUGUGUGUUGGUGCAUUUGAAACGUUAACCGUCCUUUGACGUGCGAAGAGGACAAUUCAAGGAUUCUGUACCAGACAUCAUGUUGUAUGUGUUUCUGUUGCUGGUACGUUUUUAAAAUUUUCUCUGCUUGCUAGGGAAAAUAAUCGAAAGAGAGAGAGAGAGAGGAAACAGAAGGUGCAAGAGUUCUGGUUAGGAGCACCACCUCUCACGUAAUACUGAAACUAUUUGUGUAAACACUGCUGUCGACGACCACUGGUUAUUAGAAAGUAAAGAUCUUUUGAAAUAUUUCUGACGGUCCGUUAUUAAGUUGAACAAGCGACAAGAAAAAAAAAACAGAGCAAACAGAUCGAAGGUAAAAUUUUAUAGGACAAAAGUAAGAGUAAAUUCAUUAAUAAGAAUGUAAAAGGCAUAAUGGAAGGGUGGACAUGUAAAACGAUAGUAAUGAAAUAGAGCAAACGAGUGGCAGGAAGGGAGAUAAAGAAAAAUAAUUUAGAGAAAAGUAUCAAACAAGAAAAAAGCAUAGGCAAACAUCGCAGUUUGGGCGCAUGGUAAAGAAAGGUUGCAUCAGUUUCUAACGACGCAACAGAAUGGUUUAACAAGUGCAUGUAAGCAUAUAUGAUUGGCACAACAAAAACAACUAAACUGCUAAGCAAUCUUGGCCUUCUCCAAUAGAUUAUUGGGGAUAUUUCGACUGUUUCGUUCUUAAGACGUGUUGGAUGAUGCAACAAUCCAGUUUAGAAAUGAAGCAUAUAACCAGCGGCUAAGGCAGGCGGCGGAGAAAAGAGACCGGGGAAAUGGGAAUAGAUUCCAUGAUGCACUUGGUUUUUUUUUUAAUCCAAUCCACGAGUGCACCUGUAAACUGAGCCACGAUCACACUUCCAGGCGAAAGUAGGAUCUUGUAAACUUUGCUUUUGGUUUGGCGGUAAACCGUCGGCGGAAAAGGAAGCAAGGAGCGGAGAAAGCCCUUGAGUGUCGUAAUAGUCUUACUACAAAUGAUGACAUGUAGAAGGUAUUAGUCUAAAUUCAAUUUGACUAUAGUUGGAUUUACUUAACAUUUAAUUUCUCUAUUGCUUUUUCAUUAUCAUGUUUAAAAUCAUAUUCUUCUAGAAUUAGUGAAAACGUUUUUUUUUAAUUAUGUUUUGGUUUGGUUUCGUUCACUGUUCUAUUGAAACGGAGCAAGACUAAGCAAAUCAAGAGAUAAGAAAAUUUAAGCAAAAACCCGCAACAACGUCAUAUAAUAAAGUAAUGAAUACAAGCAAGAAAAAAGUAAGAAAACAAAAAUACAAAAUCAUCAUAAGCAUAAAAAACACCGGACACUAGAGAUUAGGAAGCAAGAGAAGAAAAAGAAGCAGCAGAUGGUAACACGUAUGCGCGGUACGAUAGGGAGGUAGAAGGAAGGGAAGAAGACACGCGCGCGCAGAGAUGAGCGAUGGAAGUGUACUCUUUAAAAACCAACAAAAAAAAAAUGAGCGGAAUAAAUUACGCAACAGUAGAGUUUGAAAAUAUUAA